AUGGAAUUCGACUUAUUUAAUGUUCGACAGAUCUCUAAAGUUGAAAACAGCAUUAUAUAUGAUAUUGUGCGAAGCUAAUAUGCCAGAAAACUUGUCACCAGAAGACUGGACAUUCAUGAAAUGUUUCAUUACAGUGUUAGAACCAUUUAAAAGUGCUACAGAAAUUAUGAGCGGCGAACUAUACCCAACAAUUUCACGGUACUAUCCAAUGUAUCAUGGACUGAUAAGUGUACUAGAAGUUAAGAAAGGUGAGGAAAUCGAUGACGGAACGGGGGUAUUAAUUUUAAAUGUUUGUACAAAAUUGCAGAAUGCAUUAAAGGAACGCUUUGAAAGUAUGCUGAAAGAUCCAUGGUAUACUAGUGCGAUGAUAUCCACGUUACAAGGAUCAAUUGUUAAAACCCGAACAGAAAACAACAGGCUACAAUAGAAUAUGUGAAUUAAUAACAAAAUACCAUAAACAAGUGAAUGAACCGUCAAUUGAGAAUACUCCUAGUAGCGCUACUACUAGUACAAGUACCGAUAGUAUGUAUGCGAUUUAACCGUAUAGAAUAAAUAUACUACCUCUACUACUAUUUAUUAAUGUCACCCGUUUUAUAAGUAGAGUAUAUGUUGCAAUCUAUUGCUUAGGUUCAACAAAAUCUACAUUACAUAACUUUUUUAAAACUGUGUUGAGAAGUUCCGAUCGUGAGACUGAGACAUUCGACGAUAAAAAGGAGAAGGAAGUACGA